AUGCUCUUCAAUGGUUCAUUGUUCUUCCACAGAGCCGGGUUUCCCCGGAUUGGAAAGUUUGAGCUGACUACAGGACGAUACGAUGAGAUCGAAAUCCCUGGUGCUGCACACCAGGGUAACAAUUACCUAUUCAAUAAAUCAAUGAACUAUUUUGAUCUGGCCAUCGACGAGAAUGCACUUUGGAUUCUGUACCACUAUGAAAAAGAAAAGUUGACAUCACAUAACAGCUUCAACAAUCUACGAACUCACGAAUCUACGCUCAUCAUCAUUCCGCAAUCGCCAAACGGGAUUGUCAUAUGUGGAGUCUUAUAUACGAUCGAAGAUGCCCAUACACAACGUUCGUACAUAUCGACAGGAUUCGACUUUUAUCGACUACAGUACUCCAAGCCGAAUAUCAGAUGGAUUAAUCUCUAUCGUAAUGCCAAUAUGAUCUCGUAUAAUCCAUAUGAUAAGCGAAUUUAUGUCUAUGAUCAUGGCUAUCUGCUUACGGUACCUGCUCACAUACAGUGGACGUCGAAA